AUGGCCACAGUAGUCUCUUUUACUGAUGGAGAGAAGCUGUCCAGUGAUCAUGGAAAGAAACCCCAGAAGCUUAAUAUACACAAGAAGGACUUUUGGAUGUCAAGCCUUAAGGUUCCUGUGACAGUAUCCACUUGUGAGAAACACUAUGAACAAGCAAAAUGUGGGAAGUGUUUCUGUAGUUUCUCAUCCUUUUGUUCACAUGUGAGAAGUCAUAAACACGAGUGUGAAGUGUGUUGUAAAGUCAAUAGUCAUCCAUCAUCCCUGAUGUUUCAUCCAAAAUUUCACAAGACAGAUAAGGGUUAUGAAUGUAAGGAAUGUGGGAAAGCAUUUAGUAAGCUUUCAGACCUCUCUAUACAUGAAAGAAUUCACAGUGAAAAGAGGCCCUAUGAAUGUAAAGAAUGUGGGAAAACAUUUAGUCAACUUUCAGACCUCUCCAGACAUAAAAGAAUUCACAGUGGAGAGAGGCCCUAUGAAUGUAAGGAAUGUGGGAAAGCAUUUAGUCAGCUUUCAGGUCUCUCCAGACAUGAAAGAAUUCAUAGUGGAGAGAGGCCUUAUGAAUGUAAUGAAUGUGGGAAAGAAUUUAGUCAGGUUACAGACCUCUCUAGACAUUAAACAAUUCACAGCGGAGAGAGACCCUAUGAAUGUAAAAAUGAAUGUGGGAAAGCAUUUCCUCAGCUCUCAGACUUCUCUGUACAUAAAAGAAUUCACAGUGGAUGGAGGCCCUAUGAAUGUAACAAAUGUGGAAAAGCAUUUAGGAAGCCCUCAGACCUCUAUGAACAUAAAAGAAUUCACAGUGGAGAGAGGGCCUAUGAAUGUUAAGAAUGUGGAAAAGCAUUUAGUCAGCCCUCACAGCUCACUAGACAUUUAAGAAGUCACCAUGAACAUAGGUCCUAUGAAUAUAAGGAAUGUGGUAAAACAUUUAGUCAGCUCUCAGACCUCUCUGAACAUAAAAGAAUUCACAGGGGAGAGAGGCCUUAUGAAUGCAAGAAAUGUGAGAAGGCAUUUAUUUGCUCAGUCCUCAAACCUCACUAG